AAGUAAACACAAUGUUAGAUUUAAUAAACAAUAUUAACAGACGAAAAACGGGCACAAACAAAUCUAGUGCUCGUAUAUAUGAAUGCUAAGAAAAUAAAAAAAAAACAAAAUUCAUUAGUGUGCUUGUAAAUGUAAACAAAAGAUACCAAAAUUUUCUGUGAAUUCCUAGAAAAUUCAUAAUUAUGGCCCAGAUGACCGAGAAACGUACAUCCAGUGUACGUCCUGGCACAGCAGCCACGGCAGUUGCCACCAAGGAGAAUACGAAUGCCUCGGGCAAAUCGCGUGGCAAAGGAAUUGAAAUUUUAGACUUUCACGAAUCGUGGCUAGAAGAGGUUGAAAUCUACAAGGAUAAGAUGGUCAUGUGCAAACAAUUGGCCCAUCACAAUCAUCAGCAGCAGCAUCAGCACCAGCAGCCGCAGCAGCAGUACCCGCCAUCCUCACCUCAUUCCCCGCUACGUGGUCAUGCGAAACCAACAAUGAACAAUAACAACAACCAUCCACGGAGUGCAGCUGGCAAUUCAAGUGUCAACUCAUCAGGAACUGCCCGUUCACCGCCUGCGAAUCAUAAACAGAAAUCCUCACCUCCCAUGGCCAGGAGAAAAGUCGGUACAGAUAAAUCCUCGACUGCGGCAGCUUCCCAUCCCUCAGGCGGAGGAGGCAAUGGCGUUGGAGCAGCUCCUCCAGCAAUCUCAACGGCUACCAAAUUCACUGCCCAACCCCAGCGUCUGGUUGUACGUGGCGCUGCAGUGGCAAAUCCAAAGCUAAAUACUAUUCCCGUGUCCACGCCCGUGGUGUCUGGUGUAAUGCAAUCUGAGCCGUACAAGAAAGUUCAGAUGCUUUUAAAGCGAGCACGUGACGAUACAUUUGCGAAACAUACAGUCAGCAAUAACAGCAACAGCAACAAUAAUAGCACCAGCAAUCACAACAACAACAGCAACCAUAAUAGUAAUAAGAGACCCAGCCUAAGUCCACCAAGUGCCUUAAGAACAGGCUCGGCAAUGGCCAAUAAUCCCUAUCAUACGUCAGUCGGUAACAUAUCAAGCUGUAGCACCCAAACCUUGAAACCAUCGCCAGCUAGUAAAAUCGUUGUCAAUACGUUCCAUGGCAGCAAUCUGUUGAGUGCUCAGCAACAUGACGAGAAGAGCAAAAUUCUUACGCAAAAUGGUCUAACGAAAUCAGCGGCAACAGCCUUGGAGACGAGUCUAUAUGCCAGUCUAUAUGCCCAUGCGCCACAAAAUGCAGUCCAGCAAUAUACCACCAAUAGUGCACGCAUCUAUUCUGGAGAACAUACACCAUAUGCGGGUGUAUCACUUAACAAGGGAAGCCUCGAUCAUGAUCGAAGGCAUGAGGAUGAUCCAUGUGCGGCCAUCGAUGAUAUUAAUAACUAUGAUGAUUCCGAUUCAGAAGAGGACUAUGUGAGUACACCGUUCUAUUUAGAUGAAGAUAGUACCGAAACGAGGCAAAGUCGUCAUACACGUUACCAGGUGGAGAAGACACAAUCAAAGGAAUCAAUUGCCACCACAGCCACAACAGAUUCAGAGGUCUCGGUUUAUUUCAAACCGGAUGCCAUACUCUCACCCAGUCUAUUUCCGCAUGUUCCACCAUAUUUGAAUUUCACCUCGCAUGCCGAUAAAGGACCACCAAUGCCCGCGGCUCUCCAUCGUGUACUCAAGUGGAAACUAAGUCCAGUAAUGCCAAAAAUUGUCAAGCGAGUUGUACUUAAUUCUGGUUUUCGUAUAAUCAAAAAUACCACCGAUUGGAUGGCCGUUUGGGAGAAACAUAUGAAAAGUCCUGGUUUCCGUACUAUAAGAUCACAUCAGAAAUAUAAUCAUAUACCCGGCUCUUUUCGCAUUGGACGCAAGGAUACAAUGUGGCGUAGCAUCUAUAGUAAUAUGAAGAAAUUUGGCAAAAAAGAUUUCGGUUUUAUGCAAAAAUCCUAUAUAAUGCCAGAUGAUUUGGAGAAUUUGCGACAAGUUUGGCCCAAAAAUGCAUCAAAGCUAACCAAAUGGAUUGUGAAACCGCCAGCAAGUGCCAGAGGCACUGGCAUUCGCAUUGUAAAUAAAUGGAGUCAAUUUCCCAAAGAUCGUCCCUUGGUUGUCCAGAAAUACAUUGAGCGUCCUUUACUGAUUAAUGACAAUAAAUUCGAUAUGCGUUUGUAUGUGAUAUUGACCUCCAUUAAUCCGCUGCGGAUUUACAUGUAUAAGGAUGGCUUGGCACGAUUUGCAUCGGUGAAAUAUAGCUCAGAGUUGAGCAAUCUGGAUGAGCGUUGCAUGCAUCUGACCAACUAUAGCAUCAAUAAGUUCUCACAGAACUAUUCCAAGAAUGAGGAUUUCAAUGCCUGCCAAGGACACAAAUGGACAUUGCAAUCGCUAUGGUCUUGUUUAGAGAAUCGUGGUGUGAAUACCAAACGUCUUUGGGCCACAUUACGGAAUCUGGUGAUCAAGGGCAUUGUGAGCGGUGAAUCGGGCCUGAAUCGCAUGUACCGUCAGAAUGUUAACUUUCGGUAUAAUUGCUUUGAGCUAUUCGGUUUCGAUGUGCUAUUGGAUGAUAAUCUAGUGCCUUGGCUGCUGGAGAUUAAUAUAUCGCCAUCGUUGCACUCAGAGUUGCCCUUGGAUUUGCAUGUCAAGGGCCCGUUGAUACAGGCCGUACUCAAUACGGCACUGUAUCAGGUGCCACCGAAACUAAAUGAUCGCCAGCAGCAUGAGAUUCUAGACGAACUGAAUCUAACUGGUCCGCUGUGUCAUGACAAACGCAUUUUCACCACCUGCCUCACAGCGGAAGAGGUUCGCAAGCAUAAUCAGUACACAAAUCGUAACAUUGAAUUCCGUGAGGAGUAUGUGGAUACCAUAUUGGAUAAUCUACUGCCCGAUGAUGUACGAUGUCUGAUCAUUACCGAGGACGAGCUAAAUCGGUGUAAACCCCUGGAGCGAAUCUUUCCCACCUCUGGCACACAUAUUUAUUUGAAAUAUAUCGAAAAUGCCCGCUACUAUAAUCGUCUCCUAGAUGCCUGGGAGACCAAGUAUGCCAAAAAUAGAGAACAAGGCAUUGCCUUGCUCUCACGUUACUGCAAGGAUAAAUAUCAUCUGCAGGUAUCUGAUGCGGCCAUGGAAAAGGAACCAAAUGUGGCACUCACCGAGAUCGAUAUGCUGCAUGUGAAAAAAGAGGAAGUCCUUGAUGGUGCUACCAAUCUGUCUCUGCUCAAACAGCCCGUUCAUCCCUCUGUCAGUACCGAAACCGUGCUGCCUGCUAAUACCGAUUCCAAACCCGGUAGUCCGGACGCUUCAACAGAACAUAAAUCUUGAGACUGAAUCGUUUUGCAAAUCGGAAUGACAAAUCACACAAACUUCAAAUCAAAUCGUUUCAAUCGCCAGUUUAUAAUAUUCACUUUCGUUGUCUGUGUUCAAUUACACAAAAAAAAUUA